CUCUGAUCUACUUUUAUCCGAUGACGUCAAAUCCAACCGACCUAAACCAAUGACAGAAUACCGCUAAUACCGGCAACACCACCAAAAAAUGACUUACAUAGUUCAGUGACAUUUGUGUGUCAGUCGGUAUAUGUUUUAUAACCUACGUUUAUAACAUGAUAUUAUAAUUAACUGACAUCCAACAAAAGAGUUAAUUUCAGUUCAUCAAUUAAACAUUUCGAUGAUACUUUUCCAAGUUUUACAUUAUACCCUUAUUCACUGUUUUAAUACUUCAACGUAAUAUUGCAACUGGAAAAUGGCUUCAUCCCAAGAUGCUUGGUAUUUGUCAUUAUUAGGUUUAGCAGAACAUUUUAGGACUUCAAGCCCGCCAAUGAUAAAACUGUGCAUUCAGUGUUUACAAGCGGUGUUCAAUUUCAAACCACCACCUCGUGUUGAAGCUAGAACACACUUGCAGCUAGGCAAUAUUCUUCUAACACAUACAAAAAACACAGACCUAGCGAAGAACCAUCUUGAACAAGCAUGGCUUCUAUCACAAAUGAUCAACACUUUUGAUGAUGUUAAAUUUGAAGCAGCUAGCGUGUUGGCUGAACUGUAUGAACAACAACAACAAAUUUCAUUGUCAAAACCGAUUCUAAGGAAAGCAAUUGAAUUAUCUCAACAUAAUGUCUAUUGGCAUUGUAGAUUAAUCUUCCAGCUUGCGCAAAUACAUGCAACUGAAAAAGAUUACCAAUUGGCAAGUAGUUUACUUGGGGUUGGUGUGGACUAUGCUCACAUUUCUAAUGCAUCAUAUACACGAGUUUUGUUUUUGCUAAGCAAAGGAAUGCUCUUGUUAAUUGACAAAAAACUUCAAGAAGUCCAGCCUGUGUUGAACCAAGCAGGACAUUUGAUUGAAACUUGGGGUGCUACACCAUAUCAGAAGGAGUAUUUACGUGUAUAUUUUCUAGUAUUGCAGGUAUGCCAUUGUUUAAUGGCUGGCCAAGUAAAAAGUGUCAAACCAUGUUUGAAACAAUUGCAACAAAGUAUACAAACAAUAAUGGCAACAGAUGAUGUAUUCACAGGUCCAAGUGUGGGAGACAUGUUUUUAUGGAUGCCUAAAGAACAUCUCUAUGUUUUGGUAUACCUAGUAACAGUGAUGCAUAGCAUGCAGGCAGGUUAUAUGGAAAAAGCGCAGAAAUACACUGAUAAGGCAUUAAUGCAGAUUGAAAAAUUAAAAAUUGUAGACAACAAACCAAUUCUCUCUGUAUUUCAACUAAUGUUACUUGAACAUAUAAUAAUGUGCAGACUUGUUAUGGGCAAUAAAACACAGGCGCUUCAAGAAAUCUCAUCUGCAGUGGGUUUAUGUCGCCAAAAUCCAAGACUUCUAGAAACACAUGGUCCCCAACUACAUACUCUUCUUGGGUUAUACUCAAUGAGUAUGAACUGCAUGGAAGCAGCAGAAGCUCAGUUCAUGGCUGCUUUAAAUACCUCGCGGGAGAGAGAGCUAUGGACUUUUGCUAAUUUAAAUCUGGCCAUUGUUUAUUUGCGCGGUAAAAGAGAGGCUGAUUUUAAUGCCCUCCAUGAGAGAAUUAAUCCAGAAUCCCUGCCGUCCCAUUCACACAGUUUACGUGCCGCUGCCUACUAUGUUCAGGGUUUGCAGGCGUUCUUUCAAGGAAGAUACAAUGAAGCAAAACGCUACUUAAGAGAAACUCUAAAAAUGGCAAACGCGGAGGAUUUGAACCGUUUGACUUCAUGUUCUUUGGUACUUUUAGGUCAUAUAUUUUUGUCAUUGGGUAAUAGUAGAGAGAGUAUGAAUAUGGUAACCCCAGCAAUGCAAUUAGCUAGUAAAAUACCAGACGUUCAUGUGCAGUUGUGGGCUUCUGCAAUUCUUAAAGAUUUGUACAGGAUGUGUAGUGACCCACAAAGUGAAAAUGAAGCAUAUCAGCGACAUGUUAAUUUUUCACAAAUGUUACUGAAUGAUCAUUUUCAAGCAUCACAAAUGUCAGAACAUAAUUUGAUUAUGUGGACUCAGGGAAAUUUUCCGACUCUUACAAAUUCUCCAAGUACUUCUGGAGUGUUAAUGUAAUACAUGCAUGUGCUGUAUUUUUAUUUUAAUAAAGUGGUAAUGACGGAAGGUCGAGGUUAUUUUUUUCCAAAA